UUUACGAAGAUGGCGCCGAAAGCUAAGAAGGAAGCCCCUGCCCCUCCCAAAGCCGAAGCCAAAGCAAAGGCUUUGAAGGCCAAGAAAGCGGUGCUGAAAGGCGUCCACAGUCACAAAAAAAAGAAGAUCCGCACAUCACCUACGUUCCGACGACCCAAGACUCUGCGUCUCCGAAGGCAGCCCAAAUACCCUCGAAAGAGCGCCCCCAGGAGAAACAAGCUUGAUCACUAUGCCAUCAUCAAGUUCCCCCUGACUACUGAGUCAGCCAUGAAGAAAAUAGAAGACAACAACACACUUGUGUUCAUUGUGGAUGUCAAGGCCAACAAGCACCAGAUCAAACAGGCUGUGAAGAAGCUCUAUGACAUUGAUGUAGCCAAGGUCAACACCUUAAUCAGGCCUGAUGGAGAGAAGAAGGCAUACGUUCGGCUGGCCCCUGACUAUGAUGCUUUGGAUGUUGCCAACAAAAUUGGGAUCAUCUAAACUGA